UUUUUUUUUUUUUAAUUAUUUUCUCAUGAUUGCUCAUAAAAAGCUACCUUCACCUUAUGGUUCUAUUCCUAAGCGUAAAAAGAAAUUGUUACCUACUCAGAACAACAAAAUUCAUACUCCAUACCCAUUCUUCUCUCUUAAGCCAAAUACGACCUCUUUCUUGACAAUUCUCAGUAGUUUAUUCAACGAACCAGCCUGUAAAGAAGAAAAGGUACCAGUCGGGUUCAUGCCCUGCACCACACCUCAUACAACGCAAACACAAACAUCCUCACUAGAUAUCAUUGUGCCUGCGAACCCAAUUGAUUGUGCUCAAGACUAUCAUCCUGACGCCUGUAGUUCAUUUUCUAGUAGCAGUAGUAGCAGUAGUAGCAGUAGUAGUAGUAGUAGUAGUUCAGACAGCAGUCUUUCUUCCUAUAUGGAAAAUGAGUCCGUCUUGAACAAUAGUAUCAGUACAAAAGCUGCUUUAUCUGAUAUUCUAUGCGAUCAUUAUGUCCAGACAAAACGAAAUGCUCCGUCUUCAUCCGAUAGUGAAUUGGUAAAUGUACCACUUGAGACAUUUCGUAUCUUUGAAGCGCCGCCUACAGAACACACUGAAAACUGGAUGUCAAAAGAACCUGAAAAGGAAUGGACUUUGAUUGAAACGCUUUCUAAACCCUCAAAAAGGUUACAGAAAAUGUUAGAACAAGAAAAAGAAGAAGAGCAAGAACAAGAAGAGAAACAAAAACCUACUGUUCAUGCAUACCAUCACACACGGGAUAUUCGAGCUAAUGCUGCUUAUUUGAGAAUGAUUGUUGCUGAAGUAAAUAUGAUGCGUUCUCAGAAAAUUGUUGGUCCAUUACGACCUAGAAGAGUGCUUCCAAAGAGGUCUGAUGCAUUCAUGCACCGCCCAAGUCCAUUACAAUUAAUUCUCGUUUAAUUGUCCGCUUAAUCUAAUCAAGAUGUAAAUGAUGCUAAAAAUACCCCCUCCCCUUUACCCUCAAAAGCAGAGAGAAAGAGAGCUAUUUUUUUAUUUCUUUGUAUAUAUGAAAUGUCCUCUCAACAAUAAAAAAAAAGUUGACUUAUGCAACAUUCUAAAAAU